ACGCCUUUUCGCUUCAUUCGGCGUCCGGACGCCAACUUACCCACAUUUGUGGGCUUGUGCGACGCUCUUCGCGUUUCUCUGCUUGACGUGAAAACAGCUGUGCCGUUUGCGACAGAAUCGCGGGAGCAAUGCGAGGAGAUCACGAGAACGAUCGACAGUUCGAUUGUACGCGACCCGCAAAGAGAGAUUUCACGACACCCCAGAGGGACAUAAACGCGAUACGCCGGACUCUCGCAUUAACCGAGUCACAAAUGUAAUUUUAGCCGGCGGCAUUUCCGCGCGAUCGAGACCUCGUGCAAGUGAUCGAUUAGAUUGACUGAGUCGGCAAUUCGAUCCGUAGCCGAAGAAGGGAAGUGGAAAAUAGCAAGAGCGGAUGUUUGUGCGCGCCUCUCGGGAUCCGGAUUGGCGAUGAUGCUCGUCCCGUGCUCGAAUGGCUGUACGCGUAACGUAGUGCGUAGAGAAGUGUCUCUAUGGCAUUCGAGAAUCCACCGUACUACACGGCCACAGGGUGCGGCAUCCACGAUUAGCAACUGAAGUUGCCCCACACACACGUGUCACUGGUCGCACGUGUCACACGACACCAUAAUCCUGUACGCAACAUAAAAAGUCGAUUGGCCGGAAAACCGCAAUUUUCCCGAUCCCUGUGGGAAGUCGUAAACGUGCCUCUGCCGCGGCCGAUCUCGGAAAUAUAGAUUAAAUCUAUCGUGUCUUUCUGUCUACUUGUUGAUAGUAAUGUUAAUUCACAUUAUCUAUAUCGAUGUUAAAUAUUUAAAUAAAUCUAUGCUUCUGUAUUAAAAAUACCAAGCUCUUCGUUGUUACAGAGAAUAGAGACAUAAACGUGAUUUGACGUUUGUCGUAUAAAUAAAAGCUCGACAUCUUUUGUACUUUUGAUGCCAGUUUGUAUCUAAUGAACAUUGAAAUGAAAGCGUAAAAUACAAAAGAUGCACUUACGCCCGUGCUAAACAGUGCAUUUGAAAACGUCAAAUCGUCGCUUAUACAAUGCACACGCUACAUAUUCCAGCACUUCAUGUAUCGCGACGCCUUUGACAACGCAAAAAUUUUUACCAGAAAUACAUUCAGCUAUGAUCAUUCGAGUUAAAUCGAGAAGAUAUUUCAAACGCGUGGUAACUUUAUUCCUUUCUCUCCCUCUCUGUAUGAACGAGGACAAAUCGUCUCAAAGUUAUCGCACGAUUUUCAAUUCAAAGAGUUCGGAAGAGUUAUCACAUUUCCUCAAUGUCAAUCCAUUGAACGGUAACUUUUCCCUUCUGGCCGACGAUAGUCAACCAAAUUUUUAAAGUGGAACGAAAAUGUGAUGCACCAAAAUGACAAGAAUGUCUUCCUGUUCGCAGUGAAAGUGCCAAAAAAUACUUUGCUUGUAUUUCUAUCUUUUUUCCAAAGUAUCCCAAAAUUGUUAAAAAUUAGUUCGAUUAAUCAGCGUUGCUGAGUGAAGAGCGAUCGUUUUCACAGACGACUAUACUCGGAUAACUGUCUUCAUUAAUCUAACAGUGAGAACUCGCAGUCAUAGCUGAAUGUUUAAUAACCAUCAGUAAUCGGGAGUAUUACUAUCGUCAAUCGCAACGUGAUUGCCAGUCAUUGAUCCAAUUUCACGCAGUAGUGAUUAGAAUAAAUUACCCCAUCCUCUGUCAGAAGCUCUCCCUUGUUCUGAAGGAACAAGUUUAGUCCGUAACCCCUUUGCGCUGCGUUCUUCAUGAAGAAACAGCAAAAGCAACUACUACGCGAACGGUAAUGGACCCAGCUGAAAGGAAACGGAGCUCUAUGGCGCACAAAAAAGAAGCUCGUUGACUUUUCUCAGACUUCAGGGACCCACUUCACUCGCUUUGUUGGUGACUACUGCACUCUGCAAGGAUGAAUUCCAGCUUGAACUCCAGCCUGAACCUCACGUCCGAGUCUUCAGCACCCGCGGAGUACUGCAGCUCGGACGCGUGGGAGUUCAUCCUGAACUACAGCCUAAUACACGGUUGGGCCAGUUUGUUGGUGUGUAUAUUCGGCUCAAUCGCCAAUGUCCUCAACAUCGCCGUGCUGACGCGACCCGAGAUGCGCUCGCCUACCAACAUAAUCCUUACAGGCCUCGCCAUAGCCGAUCUCCUCGUGAUGAUCGAAUACAUCCCGUACGCGAUCCACAUGCACCUCUAUAACCGAUCGCGCAGGGACAUGUACUCCUAUGGCUGGAGUGUCUUCGUGCUGUUCCACUCGAACUUUGGCCAGGUGUGUCACACGAUCUCGAUCUACCUGACGGUGGCUCUGGCGGUCUGGAGGUACAUCGCGGUGGCGCAUCCGCAGAGGAAUCGCGAGUGGUGCAACAACAAGCGCACUUAUCUGAUGGUCGUGUUUGCCUAUGUGUCCUGCCCGAUACUCUGCAUCCCACUGUACAUCACAACCGAAGUUAGGCCACAGGUCGAGGUACUAGACGAGUGGGGAAUGAGUGUAAACCUGACCAAGUACCGGCAGACAGCCAACGGCACCACCGCGGCUCUCGAGGGCACGACCAACACGACACUAUACUUCGUGAAGCUCACCGAGACCGCAAGAAUGCACUCUGUCCUCAAGGACAUCAAUUUCUGGAUCUAUAGUGUGGUAAUCAAGCUGAUACCCUGCGUAGCACUGACGAUACUGAGUAUCAAGUUGAUUAUGGUGUUGGUGGAGACGAAGCGGAGGCGAAGGAACCUCACUACGGGGAACACUAUGAUCAAGAUGGGUAAUGGCAAGGAACAUACCUGCGAGAAGCCCAAGAAGAGGAAGAAGGGCACCGACAAAGAGCGACAGACUGACAGGACGACGAAGAUGCUGUUGAUGGUGCUCUUACUGUUCCUCAUGACCGAACUGCCUCAGGGCAUUCUGGGACUGCUCAGCGUUAUAUUGGGCACAAGUUUCUUCAACACGUGCUACACCAAGUUGGGCGACAUGAUAGACAUCCUGACGCUCAUAAACUCGGCCAUCAACUUCAUCCUGUACUGCACCAUGAGCCGGCAGUUCCGCAUGACCUUUAAUCAGCUGUUCUGUAACCGAUGGCGGCUGAUCGGCAAAUGGAUACCGGUGCCGCACCAACCGAUGGAGAACAACGGACACACCGGGACCAAUCACACGGUGACUCAGGUCACUCAGGUCUAGCGUCGAAGAAACCGACGGACCCUUUGCUAUCCGGUGUAGAGAGGAAAAAGCUGGCUGAUUAGCUUCCUUUUGGACACGUGUAUUGCAAGUCCGUGAAUUGGAAGGGGACGUGAUUUCGCACAGUGAUUCACCUGGUCGCCGCAAACACGACAACCGAAGAGAGGUGAAAUUUAUUUGCUCGCUACUGCCACCGCUCCUAAUUGCGCCCUCGUUGCGAACUUCGCGACGCCCGGGGCGUUUUCGUGCGCCGGCUUCGUCCUGGACAUGCGAUGCACCAGAUGUGUAAUAAAUAUUUACUUAAGUUGCCCAGCACACCGUUAUGUUCUCCCAAUGUAAUUCUUCAUUUUACGCGUCACUUACGUCGCGAUCAAUCACCGACAACCGACUGAUGUCGGACCGACGGAUACGCACAACAGCGCUCUGCAUACGUGUAUAUGAACAGAUACGAACAUAAACGGAUCGCGAAAAUCGUAAAAAAUUGUGAAAGCGCUUAUGCCAGCACUAUUAAUUGUUAUCAAUAAUGAUUUUGUAAUUUUUAGUUAGGUACGUGAGAGAAAUAUCUUUAGUUAGAAAAUUAUCAAUCCUCCGGUGCUGGCACAGGCAGUAAUAACAAAACGUGAACAAUAAUAGUCACUGACAAAAAAAUUUAUUACAAAUUUGUGAUUAUAGCAGAAAAUAAACAUUACAACAGAAGUUGUAUAAUACAUUAUACUGCAGCUGAACUGCCUGUACGAAUUUUUUAAUAUUGCAUUCUGAAAAAGUUCUAGAGUUUAUAAAAAGGCGUCGUAAAAUGUAUAGAUCAUCCCUUAAUUGAGGAACAAUGUUUAUGAUUAAAAACGUAUUUAUCAAAACAUCGAUUUUAUUCCGAUUAGCUCUUUGCACUCCAAUAUCAAUUUGUGCUAUACAAUAGGUAAGUGCUAAGACUAUUGUGUUAAAACAAAUAAAUUAUUAAUUUUAAUAGUUAGCUAAUAGCACAGCUUAAUUGAGAUGUAACGAAACGCGCGACUUUAAACUGGGUUUAAAUGAUUUAAAAUUUGCUGACAAAAGUCAUUUCAGCACACUGACUGCAAUAACGCUAUCUCUACAGCAGAUGGAGCGUGAUUACAUCGUAAACAAUUAAUUCGAAAACGAGGAAUUGCAUCUUUCUUUGGAACAGGCCGCACUGACCUCAUGUAUACUUAAAUGGCCAAAAACUUUUUAAUGUGUAUCAUUAUAAAUACAUAAUGCACAACGAGAUAACACGCAUAAUAUUAGCUAUUAUAUCUUAGUACAUUAAGGUUAACAUUUGAUAUUUUGCUACAAAACAUUUUUAGAAAAUGUGAAAAUAUCGGAAGCGAAUAAUUUUUUAAAUCAUUUUUAUCGUUCGUUUAUAAUAUAAUAUAUUUGUAUUUAUUGGAAAAAUAUUUAGCUAUGUACUACGUGAAAUGUUAUUUAAUCGUAAUAUUUCCAAUAGUAUUUUUCAACAAUAACAGAAGAUUGGAUGUAACCAUAUUUUAUUUAUCUCUGAAAAAUUUUUUAAUUACUGUUGAGGAUUGUAUUAUUUGAUUGUUUUAAAAACGCUUGUUAUAGAGCAAAAAAUGUAUUUUUGGCGAUAAAUGGAAAAAA